GGCCAUCCUUGUUUGGUUUUUUUUUUCACUGCUUAAUUUCAGCCUACUCCUUUAAAUGGGUGCAAUAUUCUUUCUCUUAGCUAAAAUUGGUUAGAGAGUCUUUUGCAAAAUAUAUGCUCUGUGUACUUCAUGUAUGUGGUGGAAUGCCUGCAAAAGCUAUCUGGUCCCUCUGUCUGAACAGCAAGAGAUGACUCUGAUUUGAAGUAGGCCAGAACUGAGGGAUGUUGAGGCAGAACGUGGAUGGGGCUGUUAACGCUACAGAUGGUAAUGCCUUACAAGCCACUUCCUGUGUAGUGGAAGGGAGGCAAGUUGUUCCAGCCCAGAAAUUGCUUUAGUAGUGUCAGAGGAAUUCAGCCCAGUCCCCAGAAGUCUUUCCUUUAAUUGGAGAAGUCUUACUCCUGCCCACCCACCCCCAUUUCCUGUGCGCAACAGUCAUAGGUUAGUAAUCACGACUUUUUCCCUUCUCUGAAUUACAAGCCCAAGUGAAGUCCUUUGGAUGCCUUCUUUGUGGGCCACAGUGUAGCUGGGGACGAAUGGUGAUCCGUUGUUUUAUUUUUUCUGUCUACAGAACGGUUUAAGGUUUUUGAUUCUUGAGUUUUUAGCAGACAUACCUUUUUCUUCUUGACAACUGGCUGAAGUACGUUCCUUUAAGAUCCUCCUACACGCCAAAUUCUGAUGGGACCCUCAAAUAGCUCUGGCAAAGUGUUCUGUUUCUUUUGGAUUUGAUGAAUGCUUGUUUCUGUGAAGCCGUGUAAUUAUUUCUUCCUCUAUUUCGCUGCAGAAGUUACCAGGAGAAGCAGAAUAAAACCAAAUAACUCCACCAGAAUGACCAGCAAUCACUCAGAGUGCCAUUACUGCCUGCAGUCUCUCCGUGGAAGGAAAUACGCAUUAAGGGAAGAAAAUGCUUAUUGUGUUAGAUGCUACGACAGCCUAUUUGCCAACCCCUGUGAGGAGUGCAAGCAACCUAUUGAAUGCGAUUCCAAGGAUCUGGCUUACAAAGGCCGCCACUGGCAUGAGAGGUGCUUCAAGUGCACCAAAUGCAGCCGCUCUCUGGUAGAGAAACCAUUUGCUGCCAAGGAUGAGCUCUUGCUCUGUACUGAAUGCUACUCCAAUGAGUAUUCAUCAAAGUGUUUCCACUGCCAGAAGACCAUUAUGCCUGGUUCCCGUAAAAUGGAAUUUAAGGGCAGUUCCUGGCAUGAAUCCUGUUUUGUUUGUCAGUAUUGCCAGCAACCACUGGGAACAAAACCACUGAUCACCAAAGACAAUGAGAAUUACUGCGUACCCUGUUUUGAGAAACAAUUUGCUCACCAUUGCUACUCUUGCAAAAAGGUAAUAACUUCUGGGGGAGUGGCCUACCACGACCAGCCUUGGCAUAAAGAGUGUUUUGUGUGUGCUGGUUGUAAAAUUCAGCUGUCUGGGCAAAGGUUUGUUUCCAGAGAUGAGUAUCCAUACUGUGUAGACUGUUUCAGCAAGUUUUAUGCUAAGAAGUGUGCUGCUUGCAAGAAACCUAUUACAGCUCUUGGAGGUGCCAAAUUUGUCUCAUUUGAAGAGCGUCAGUGGCAUGAAGAAUGCUUUAAGUGUGCAAGAUGCUCAGCCUCACUGGUGGGCCAAGGAUUCCUCACCAAGCAGGAUGUGGUCCUUUGCCAUGAGUGUGGUUCUUUGUAGUUCUGUGGAGAGCUAUGAAGAUGCAUUAUUCUCACUGUAUAACCAUGUAUUUUGUUACUCUGCAGUAAGAAAAUCAUCUAAAAGGUGUAUUGCUUAUUUAGUAAUUCAAAUGACUUUCCAACAGCAGUUUAAUUCCAUCACAGUUCUGAACUGCUUGUUAUAAAAACAAAUAAAUAAUCAGCCACACGCUGCCUCAGAAAACAGUGCAGAAAAGAUUAGUAUAUAUUUUAAAUGGAACUGCAGUAAGUUUCUCUUUGUAACACACUGCACUCUGCUGUUAGAAACUUUACCUUUCAUUUCCCAUGAACCAAGGAGAUGUAUAGAAAGUCUAUGUAACAUAUGUCUACUUAUGAGGCAUUAGCAUUGCAAGUGAGGAGAAGGUAUGUGUACACAAAGAGACACCAAGUCAGGGAAAUCCGUUCCAGGGCCAGAGAAAGGGAUAAAAGGUCUUUUUCCUCUCUUUAUUGAUAUUGUUGAGAGUUCUCAUCAGAAAAAUAGAAUCUCCAAUAACUUUAUUCAUCCAAAAAACUAAACGAUAGGUCCUUUCCCACAAUUGCACUUUAUUUUUCAGGCAUAAAUGUUUUAGAACACAAACCAACCCUUUUUUUAUUUUUUUUUUUAACCUACUGUAAGAGGUACCAAUUGCCUGAGGUUGGAUAGUGGUAAUGUAUAGUUUCCAGUAUCAUAAAUGAUUUAAAACUCUGUCUCCAUUACCUUCUCUAGGUCUUCAAGUGCACUCUUAAAAUAUAGUUUCUCUUAUUUGAGGCAAGAGCCAACACACUGUUGUACCUUUAAACUUACAUUUUUCCUCCCUUCAACAGUCAUUUGCCAGCAAUUAAAAUACUGAUAAUGGCUUUACCAUUUCUGCACUGCAGUCUUUUAUUCACAGUCUACUCCUUUUCUUGUAAAUGUCUGCUGUCUGUAGCAGGCUAUCAGCUGUUCAGAGCCAAUACCCAUUCAUUCUGCCAUGUGCCAACAUGCAUUUGCCAAUAUUAUGUCAAGAAUUUGUAACAUUGCCAUCUCAAGGUAGGCAGUGCUCACAUGUAGUACAAAGCAUUAGUUUCUCUUUCCUCAGCUCAAGCUAUAUGCACACUGUAUGUUACAAUGGCCUGACUCAUGCUGCAGUACCUCUCCCAGGCUGUGGUGUAUGGUACCAUGGUUCUGAGCCUAUUAGAAGUGCUUUAUUCCUCAUCUCAUUAUUCUCUGUCUGAAAAUCAUUCUCUCGACUCUGAUGUUGAAUGCUUACAGUUAUUUGGCUGACUUGAGAGUGCUUUAUUCAUACUGAAUUAUGUAGAUGCUGCUUCAGGUAGAAAAAGUAGAAGAAAGUACUUGUAAGCAUAGGUAGGGAAGAGUUGUAUAGCAGUGGCAUAAAAUAAACAGGUCCAUAGCAAUCUGUUUCCCAAUCAAUAAAGUAUUAAUCUUCUGCUA